AAGGAUUUUCUGAUUAUGCAGGUCAUACAAACUUUUAAAUGUAUUAGAAUUCAACAGCACAAGAAAGCGAAUGUCCGUGAUAGUAAGGGACGAGGAAGGAAAGCUGCUAUUACUCAGCAAAGGUGCUGACAGUGUCAUGUUUGAGAGGCUUUCCAUAAAUGGAAGGAACUUCGAAGAGGAAACGAAAGAACAUGUAAAUGAAUAUGCUAAUGCAGGCUUGAGGACCUUAAUACUUGCUUAUCGGGAACUCAGUGAGGAAGAAUAUAAGGAGUUCAAUGAAAAAUUUGUAGAGGCAAAAAACUCAGUCAGUGCAGAUCGCGAGGCAAUGAUUGAUGAAGUGGCCCAAAAAGUAGAAAAAGAUUUGAUUCUUCUUGGAGCAACAGCUGUUGAGGACAAGCUACAACAGGGGGUUCCUGAAUGCAUUGAUAAACUUGCACAAGCAGGAAUAAAAUUAUGGGUUCUAACCGGAGAUAAGAUGGAAACUGCUAUUAACAUUGGGUAUGCUUGUAGCUUGCUCAGACAAGGAAUGAAACAGAUUAUUAUAAACUUGGAAACUCCAAAAAUCAUAGAACUGGAGAAAACCGGAGAUAAGGAUGCAGUCACUAAGGUACAUGCAUCUCCUGUUUUAUUGCUUUCUCAUUCUAAUGGGGAAAAAUGUAAAAUACUGAUAUAAAAAACCAAGAGCAUUUUAGAUU